GAAUCGGGGCAGUGUCAGACUGUCAGUUGUACAUGUAUAUCAAAGAUCGCAAGCGAGACAAUUCCUUUCUACCUCGCACUUAUAAGUAGCCCAUGUACCUUCUUUUCUUAUUACCGGUCGCCUGGAGCGCUCCUUAUCCUUCUUACCAUACACGUCCCAGUCCACUCCAAUUGCUCUCUGACAUCGCUAUCUACAGACUACGAUUCCAUUUAUAUCAUCAAUACCCAGUAGUACGACUCGGAUGGUUCCCCUCCAGUUUUCCAUUCUGUUUCUCAUUGUCUCACUCUGCCCUGAUUUUUUUGUUCCCGUCUAUGCCUCUCCAAUCAAUUCUAGUGCUCUAUAUGAUCGUGGCCUGAAGUAUCCUGUCUAUCCUAAGUUGGUUUACGAGUCAGGUUAUGAUCGAGUCUUUUUGGGUUAUUGUUAUGCUGAAAAGUCGGAAGUUCCCAAAAUUACGCAUCAAGCAUAUGGACUCAGAGCACUUGUGAAUUCUGGUCGGCCGAAAUUAAUCAGUCCUGGAUAUUGGGAAAACCAGAUUGGCCGCUUCCAUUAUCAAAAUGAAAUGCACAGACACAACGAACACAACAACCACGGCAGUCUGAGUCUGCACAGCGACAGCGACUCGGAACACGACGAGCACAAAGAGAGAAAGAAUUAUGUCGAGGUGCAGUGGCUGAAAUUUUUUCGGAGAUUGUCUUUUCGUAUCUCAUCGAACCUCAUAGUUCAAGAUAACGGUGAAUGUACAUGCGUUUUCCAAGCUCAACUUUAUAUACACGUCGGCACUCCUUCUAGAUGAUGCAAGCACCAUCAACUACCUUCGGUCGAAGGGAUUGGACUCAGAUAACACUCUCAUCUUGUCACCAGGGCCCUACGUGGAUACAAAACCGCAAUACCUCAACAACCUCACUUUCACUUUUCCACCCAAUGUUCUCCUUCGCCAGUCUUCCCCCACGAGAAAGGCUUAUC